CUCUCUCUCUCGAAGAAGAAGAUUGGGGUUUAUAAGCAAAGGAAGGAUUGGUUUUUGAGUCCGUGAGGGUCACGCGGCUCAACAACAGAUUUCAAGUCAAAAUCACAAUCGCAACUUUUUCCAAGCAAAAAGAAGUUUUUUACUCGCUUAUCCUAGUUUCUUACCUUAAACCAAUAUAACAUUGAGAAAUCGAUUGAUUACCUCAUUCCCUCUAUUCUCAAUCCACACCAAAGACUAUAUGGCCUCCCAUUGCUCCAUGAGAGUAAUCCUCCUCAGAUUCUCCAAUGGCGUCUCUUCCAGAUCCAUUCUCAACUCCACUAACCAUCGUCUUCUUAGUCUUACCAUGACCAACACUCUCUCGUCUCUUUCCUCAAUCUCUCCCCACACUACUACUUCGCAUUUCACGGCUGCGUCACAACAAUCAGAUGACCAGAACUGCUUCCGCAAGCUUCAACUCAGAAAGAUUUCGAUUUCAACUCCUCUUUGUAUGGGUCGUCGUUCUUCCAAAAUCGCUGGUCGAAAGGGCGCUCAAGAUUCAAAGAAGGCGAAGCUAUACUGUAGAAUUGGCAAGGAGGUUGUAUCUGCUGUCAAGAAAGGGGGUCCAAACCCAGUUUCAAAUACGACUCUAGCUACUAUUCUUGACAAAGCUAAAGAACUGGAUGUACCGAAAGACAUUGUGGAGCGUAAUAUUAAGAGGGCUUCUGAGAAGGGGCAAGAAGCUUUUAUAGAGAAGAUUUACGAGGUAUAUGGCUACGGUGGUGUUAGUAUGGUAGUCGAGGUCUUAACAGACAAAAUUAAUCGAUCAGUGGCAGCUAUUAGAUCGGUUGUUAAGGAUUAUGGGGGAAAAAUGGCUGAUUCAGGAUCUGUCAUGUUCAAGUUUAAAAGAGUUAGGGUAGUGAAUAUAAAGGUCACCGAAGCUGACAAAGAUCAGCUCCUUAUUAUUGCUUUAGAUGCUGGAGCAGAGGAUGUUAUUGAACCCCCAACUUAUGAAGAUGAUACUGAUGAAGACAGGGAAGAGAGGUACUACAAAAUUGUAACUUCUAAUGAGAACUACUCAACAAUAUUAUCAAAGCUACGUGAUGAAGGAGUGAACUUCGAGCCUGACAAUGGCUCUGAACUGCUCCCUCUGACUACAGUUGAGGUGGAUGAUGAGGCCAUGGAAUUGAACAAAGAGCUAAUGCAGAAACUACUAGAACUUGAUGAUGUUGAUGCUGUUUAUAUCGACCAAAAAUGAAAAGAAUAUACAUUACAGGAAGCUCCACUUCAAGAUCUGUGAAUUCACAGCUCACGAGAAAGUUAUUAUGUCAAUCUCUGAACUGGUUCUGCUGAACUCUGCAUAUAUUCUGAAGAAGGAAUAAUGGUUUUUGGUAGACACUUACAUUUCACUUCUUCUAGUUUCCAGUUUGAAGCCAUAAAAUCAAAACUAUUAUAAAAGCCCAAAUCUUAUAAUGCCGAAGGGUCUUUUAAUCUAAAUUUUGGGCUGUUUCGAUUUUUGGGAAAUUAUGAAUCUAAACAUUAUUUUAGAAAUUAUGAGUGAUACUAGGAGUGAUUGUGGGCUACUACCAAACGUUAUUUUAGAACCACAAAUAAAUUCAAAACAUUAUUUUAG